AAGAAGUGAGUGUCAUGUGUCAGACGCUGGACGAGACACCUCAGUUUACCGGCGCGGAUAUCGCUGUCAUAAGUUUCCUAAGCAUCAUGUUGGCACUGAUGGUGAUUGGCACUGUCAUCGACGUAUUCUGCCGCUUCGCCAAGAGGUCUGCCACUGCCACAGGCGCCCGGUUCCUCCUGCCCUUCUCCGUGUACACCAACUUGGAGAAAAUGUUCCUUAUAACAACGGAGCCUCGACCCGGGAUAAUCACCUGUCUCACCGGAAUGAGGGUCUUGUCGAUGGGCUGGGUAAUCCUUGGUCAUCAGUAUCUUUUCGAUAUUUUGAUCUCUUACAACUACUCUCAUAUAGGCAAGUGGACGAGCGGACUGUUCUUCCAAAUUAUCUUCAACGCCACAGUGAGCACGGACUCCUUUUAUUCCUGUCGGGGCUUCUGUUGCUCUGACAAUUGGUGGAUGGAUGUCCUCUACGUCAAUAAUUUCCUCGCUUUCAACGCUACCACUAAUACUUUAACAGAUUGCCUCGGCCAGUGCUGGUACACCGCCGUGGACACCCAGCUGUACCUGGUGGCUCCUUUCGUGCUGCUGCCCCUCGCCUUCUACCCCUCCAAAGAUUCUGCUGUUCCUGGUAACUCUGGUGUCCUUCAUAAUCCCAGCAGCUGUUACCUACGCCUACGACCUUCCUCCGGGUCGAUCUGGGGCGGUGAUGACAACGUUGACAACACAGGCUAUGAGAGGAAGGUAUACUACACUCCGUGGUGCCGCAUGAGCGCCUACAUCGUGGGCAUCUGGACUGGCUACAUCAUCUUCAACCAGGGAUCAAAGAAACUCGUCUUGUCUCCUGUGCAGGUAUUGACGGGCUGGACGGUGGCCGUAUUUUCGGCUCUGGCGGUGUUGCUCGGCGCGUGGAGUUACAACCACAUAGGAACCACCUAUUACUAUGACCCGAUAACCCAGGUCUUGUACGGCGGUCUCCACAGGGGCGUUUGUGUCUCGCUCUGGCUUGGGUGGUGUGGCUUGUCACUUCGGCUACGGAGGUGCAGUGAAUACUUUCCUCUCUCAUCCUUCGUGGCAGCCUCUCUCUCGCCUCACAUACUGCAUGUACCUCGUCGCGCUUCCCAUUCAGAUCAUUCUGAUUUUCAACACCAAGGACCUUCUCUAUUUCACCCAUGUGAAAAGAUUAUCCAGACCUGCGGCACCGUCUUCCUUUCCCUUAUUCGCCCUGUUGCUCUCGCUCACGGCAGUUCCUCUCGAGAAAAUUAUAUUCAAGCGACCCAGCUGACUUCAUAA